AUGAGAAGCCACGAGAAAGUGAACGAGGAUCGCUAUGGGGCCCAAUCGGGUGAUGUAGGCUUUGAGUUGGGCCGUCUAGCCGUAUCCCCAGAGCAGAAGUGGAAGGCAGUGUUCUCAGAGUGUUGGAGCAGGCUGGGCUGUGAGGCCCCGGGACAGCCUGAGGAGAGAGUGAUGGCCUGGGAAAACAUCGCUGUUACACUCACCACAGGACGCAGAGACAGUCCAGAGCUGCUGAGCAGGUCUCAGAGUCGAGUCCUGGAGAAGCUGGAGGUGAUUCCUCAACAUACAGGUCCAGUUACUGCUGGGGGGUAUGACGUCAUCCGACGAUACCUCACCAAGGCCUGCGAAACCCCCCUCCACCCUUUGGGGGGGUUACUGGAGACCCUAGUGACUGUGUACAGGAUUACCUAUAUAGGGGUAGGAUCUAACAGAAGGUUGCUACAACAGGCUGUGGAAGAGAUCAGGUCCUACCUCAGACGGAUCUUCCAGCUGGUCAGGUUUCUGUUCCCUGACCUCCCUGACGAGGGAGGUGUUAUUCACCCUGACCCCAAAGGAUCCUCAGAAACAGACCAGCAAGGGUGA